AUGGACGUAUUUGCACUAGUUACGAGACUGGAAACAUUUCGAGCAUUUCUAGCCGUAGCGGGUAAACGUGGUAUGCUGAUCAAACACUUCGAUGGGAAGACCGCCUAUCUACACGGCACAGUCGAAGAGGAGAUAUUCAUGCGGCAGUCUCCCGGAUACGCCAACCCCGGGAAAGAGAAGCUGGUCUGCAAACUCCGCAAGUCCAUCAAUGGUUUAAAACAGUCAGCGCGCUGCUGGAACCAAGCGCUCCACAAGGUUCUAGUUGCUAUUGGAUUCAACCAGUGCCAAUCGGAUAUGUGCCUAUACAUUCGAAGAAACGAUUGGGGUGUCAUCAUGUUGUUGAUAUACGUUGAUGAUAUGUUGAUUGGCUGCACAAAGGAAGAAUUGAUCAACGAAGUGUUCGAUUCGAUGCGAAAAGAAUUUGAAGUGACAAAUCUCGGUACGGUGAAGCAUUUUCUGGGGCACGAAUUUCAUCGAGAGAACGGUUACUACAGUCUGCAAUUGACGGGCUGUAUCAAGACCAUGAUCAAGCAGUUCGGUCUAGAAGACUGCAAGCCAUCGAAUUCCAUAAUGGAUCCUGGAUACGUAGCCUCAGAUCACCCAAGCCCGUUCUUUGUGGAUACGUAUCGCUACAGAAGUCUUAUCGGUGCCCUAUUGUACGUUGCAGUAAACGCUAGGCCAGAUGUUGCGGCCAGUGUUUCUCUUUUGGGCCGGAAGGUUAGUGCACCGACUGAAAUGGACUGGACAGCCGCAAAGCGCGUAGUUCGUUAUUUGAAAGGCACGAUGGAACUACGGUUGAGAUUCGAGUCUGGUAAAGAAUGGGGGCUCAUCGGCAAUUCGGACUCAGAUUGGGCGGGAGACCAUGCAAGUCGAAGAUCCACUACUGGUUUCCUGUUCUUUUAUGGAAGUGGUCCUAUCGCCUGGGCAAGCCGCCGCCAAUCCUGUGUGAGCUUGUCAUCUAUGGAAGCCGAGUAUAUGGCGCUAAGCGAAACGUGCCAGGAACUCCUGUGGCUUCGACGUUUGAUGGCAGACUUCGGCGAAGAUGUCUCGAAAGCAACAACGAUCUUCGAGGAGAACCAAAGUUGCCUAUCUUUUGUACGAGCGUAA